AUGAAGGAUAAAAAACUUCAGAUCAUUCAUGUGGAUCCAGAAGCACCAGCAUCAAAAUGGGCCUUUUCAGGUGAUACUAUUAUUGCAGUUGAUGAAAUCAGAGUCCGAGAUGCGCGAACAUUAAGGAACAUUAUGAAUCGACCAACUACAAAAGCGACUCUAAGAAUUCGACGAAAUACUUAUUCACAUAGUCGACGAAUCAAAUCUACAGUGGAAACAUUUGUUAUGAAGCAUGAAACAAAAUUACUAAGAGCUAUCAGUAUUUAUUUGGUGUGCGUUCACGUUGGAAACCUAACACCACCUGAUUUGACUGAUGCCUUGGGAUUAUCGGUGUCAUAUGACGCACGUGAGCGACUUGAAGUUGUCUCAACCAGAAAAAAGGGUGUUGCUGCUAUUCAUUUGCAUCCAGGAGACACUAUCAAAGAAGUAAAUGGUCAUCCAGUUGCUUCCAAAUCAAUGCUUCAGUACUGGAUCUUGGCAAGUAUGGAAGCAAAUGGUUUUGUUGAAUUUCUCAUUCAAUGUGAUAUGGACAAAGAUACAGAACCUGAUCAAGAAAUGCCUCAAGAUGUGAAAGCUAUCACUGAAAGACAGUUGAAAACGAUAAGGUCAUCACCAAAUAAAGUACAACAAACCAGAAAAGCAAUUUUGAAAAAGCAUCAAUCACCUUUAAAAACAAAACAAACACUGAAGAUUUGUGACAAAGUGACGGAGCUUCCCAUUGCAAGUGAUUGGGAUGAAAAGAAAUUAAAAAAGGUGAAAAAAGGUCAACAUUAG